GCAUUAGUGGUUAUAAAAAAAGGGUGUACCUAAUACUUUGAGUUGUUUACAAUGUUUUGUAUUCGUAAAUGCUGUAUAGUGAAUUUGUUACUAUUUAGUUGGUCAUAAUAUGCUCUUAGUUGUUACCCGUGAUAAUCAUUAAGCAUUUAUUUGUUACUUUUUCGUACGUUUAUUGUGUUUGAGAUUAUUUUAUAUUUUUAAGUUUGAUCAUAAAUCGCUGAUUUUUCGAACAUUUUUGAUAAAAAAAUUAUGAAUGAGUUUUUGUAAUUAAUAUUUUUAAAAUGGCAUCAUUAGCGUCAAAGGAUUAUGAUCUGCAUGGAAGAACAGACUCAUAUCGUGUUGCUACAGUUCCAUCUCAGUUUGAUGAUAAUAAAACAGUAGAUGGAAAACCAAAAACAAGAAGAAAAGCACCAUCAUCGAUUAGUACUAAGUAUAGUCAUGCUGAAAACUUAGAUGAGUUGAAACAAGAUCCAUAUUUGGACUAUCAUAAAGUACCAUUAGAUGAACUAUAUCAAAGAUUUGGAACACACCCUGGAACUGGGUUAACUCAUGCAAAAGCUCGAGAAAAUUUAGAAAGAGAUGGACCUAAUACUCUGACACCACCAAUUACGACACCUGAAUGGAUAAAAUUUGCAAAACAGAUUUUUGGUGGGUUUUCUGUAUUAUUAUGGUGUGGAGCACUUUUGUGUUUCUUAGCUCAUACUGCUGAAACUAGUACUACGGAAGAUCCAAAUGACGAUUAUUUUUACUUGGGAGUAGUAUUAGUUGCUGUUGUCAUCAUCACAGGAAUCUUCUCCUAUUAUCAACAAGCUAAAUCUUCUGCAAUUGUGGAUUCAUUUAGGAAUUUAGUUCCUCAGUUUGCUGUGGUUAUACGCCAAGGUGAAUCAUUGACAUUACGAGCUGAAGAUCUCACUCUUGGUGACAUCGUUGAGCUUAAGUUUGGAGACCGUAUCCCAGCUGACCUAAGAAUUAUUGAGAGUCAUUCAUUUAAAGUAGAUAAUUCAUCACUGACUGGUGAAUCUGAACCACAAAGCCGCACUCCAGAAUUUACUCAUGAUGAUCCAUUGGAAACUAAAAAUUUUGCAUUUUCUUCUACUCAUGCCGUUGAAGGAACUGCUAAAGGUGUAGUUAUUGCAUGUGGAGAUAAUACUGUCAUGGGAAGAAUUGCCGGGUUAGCUUCAAGUUUAGAUAGUCGACCAACACCAAUUGCAAGGGAAAUUAUUCGUUUUGUGAACUUUGUUAACAUAACUGCUAUAAUUAUUGGAAUAUUACUAUUCAUUAUUGCAUUGAUGAUGGGUUGUUAUUGGUUGGAUGCAAUUAUUUUCAUGAUAGGUUUUUUGGUUGCAGCUGUACCAGAAGGUUUAUUAGCUACUGUAACUGUUUGUUUAACAUUAACUGCCAAGCGAAUGGCAUCUAAAAACUGUCUUGUAAAGAAUUUGGAAGCAGUAGAAACACUAGGAUCAACUUCAACAAUUUGUUCUGAUAAGACUGGCACUUUAACUCAAAAUCGUAUGACUGUUGCUCAUAUGUGGUUUGAUAAUCAAAUUAUUGAAGCGGACACUACUGAAGAUCAAUCUGGGGUACAGUAUGAUAGAUCUAGCCCUGGAUUUAGAGCUUUGGCAAGAAUUGCAACACUUUGUAAUCGAGCUGAAUUUAAACCAGGACAAGAUGGUGUACCUAUUCUAAAAAAGGAAGUAAAUGGGGACGCUUCAGAAUCUGCUUUAUUAAAGUGUAUGACACUUGCUCUUGGUGAUGUAAUGUCUAUCAGAAGGCGUAACCGUAAAGUUUGCGAGAUACCUUUUAAUUCAACGAAUAAAUAUCAGGUUUCAAUCCAUGAAACUGAAGAUCCUUCAGAUUCUCGAUAUUCGCGAUAUUUAUUAGUUAUGAAAGGAGCUCCGGAACGUGUCCUUGAUCGUUGUUCUACCAUAUUUAUCGGGGGAAAAGAAAAAGUUCUUGAUGAAGAAAUGCGUGAAGCAUUUAAUAAUGCCUACUUAGAAUUAGGUGGUCUUGGUGAGCGCGUCCUAGGAUUUUGUGACAUGUUAUUACCACCAGACCGUUUCCCUAAAAAUUUCCUGUUUGAUGUCGAUGAACCUAAUUUUCCAUUAAGUGGUAUGCGAUUUGUUGGUUUAAUGUCUAUGAUAGAUCCACCAAGAGCAGCAGUUCCAGAUGCUGUGGCUAAAUGCCGCUCAGCUGGUAUAAAAGUUAUUAUGGUUACUGGAGAUCAUCCUAUUACUGCUAAAGCAAUUGCAAAAUCUGUUGGAAUUAUAUCUGAAGGAAAUGAAACAGUUGAAGAUAUUUCUCAGAGAUUAAAUAUUCCUAUAUCUGAAGUAAAUCCAAGAGAUGCUAAUGCGGCUGUAGUACAUGGUUCUGAAUUAUUAGAUUUGCCUCCAGAAGUUUUAGAUGAAAUAUUAAGAUACCAUAAAGAAAUAGUAUUUGCAAGAACUUCGCCUCAACAAAAGUUAACUAUUGUUGAAGGUUGUCAAAGAAUUGGUGGAGUUGUUGCUGUUACUGGAGAUGGUGUUAAUGAUUCACCUGCACUUAAAAAAGCAGAUAUUGGUGUUGCAAUGGGAAUAUCUGGAUCAGAUGUUUCAAAAGAAGCAGCUGAUAUGAUUCUUUUAGAUGAUAAUUUUGCUAGUAUUGUUACUGGUAUAGAAGAAGGACGUUUAGUAUUUGAUAAUUUAAAAAAGUCUAUUACUUAUACCCUUUCAUCUAAUGUUCCUCAAUUAUUGCCGUUCAUUGCUUUUAUCAUGCUAAGCAUACCAUUGCCUAUUGGUGCAAUUGCUAUAUUAUGCAUUGAUCUUGGUACAGAUAUGAUGCCUGGCAUAUCACUGGCAUUUGAACCCGGCGAAUCAAACCUGAUGAAAAUGAAACCAACUAUUAAAAACCCUCUAUUUAAUGUCAGAUUAAUAUCUUUGGCAUUUGGUCAAUUGGGUGUUAUUGAGGCAUUUGCUGGAUUUUUUACUUAUUUUGUAAUUAUGGCUGAAAAUGGAUUUAUGCCAUAUAAAUUAAUUGGAAUACGUCGUGAAUGGGAUUCUAGAGCAGUUAAUGAUUUACCAGAUUCUUAUAAUCAAGAAUGGACUUACCAAGACCGCAAGUCCUUAGAGUAUACGUGCCAUACAGGCUUUUUCAUAGCUAUUGUAGUAGUACAGUGGGCAAAUCUUAUUAUAUGUAAGACAAGAAGAAACUCAAUCACACAUCAAGGAAUGAAAAAUAUGGCUCUGAACUUCAGUUUAAUAUUUGAAACUGUCUUAGCGUUGUUCUUAUGUUACUUACCUGGAAUGGAUGAAGCAUUACGCAUGUAUCCAUUAAAAUGGACUUGGUGGAUUCCUCCAAUACCAUUCAUGCUAGCUUUAUUCAUUUAUGAUGAAGUAAGAAAAUUUUACAUAAGACGAAAUCCUGGUGGAUGGUUAGAGAAGGAAACAUAUUAUUAAGUUAUUUGCUUUAAAUUAAGUGGUAGUUAAUUUAAUUUCAUGAUCACUUAUUAUAAAAAUAUU